AUGGCGCAGCGCGUCAAGAACCACGAGGAGCGGAGCGAGCGCAACCUCGCGCGCAAGCUGACGCCCGCGCAGCGCCGCGAGAAGAAGCGGCGGAAGAUGCUCAACGACCCGAGCGGCGGAGGGACGCCGGUGACGCUCUACCGCAUCCACACGGUGCCGAACAAGCAGAAGCUGUACAAGAUCGACAUCAACGCGCAGCAGAACCACCUCACCGGCGCGCAGCGGCGCUACCGCAAGCUGCUGCUGCACCGCAUCGAUUGGACCGACUUUGGCGCGGCGGACGACGACGACGACGAGGACGACGAGGAGGAGGCGCGGCGGCGCGCACAGUCGGAGGUGUGCCAGGUGGUGUGGGAGGGGCUCGUCGUUAAGCCGCAGUUCAAGAACUUUCGCGUCGAGGCGGCGCGCUCGAGCGAGGGCGCGCGCAAGAUGCUCGCGGAGCGUGGCUGCGCGCACUACUGGGACAUGGCGCGCACCAACGGCGCGGAGGGGGUGCCCGAGGAGGACGAGGACGAGGACGAGGACGAGGACGAGGAGGCGGGCUCGUCGGACGAGGGAGAGGGCGAGGGCGAGGAGGAGCGAGGGGCGGGCGCGGCGGGGAGCGGCGCCGCCGAGGGCGACGCGGCGCGCGACGACAUGGAGACCGAGGGGUAGCUGCUGGCGCGCGGUGGGUUGCCGAUUGCGCAGGGGGAUGCCGCGGACCGCAGGAGUCCUGGGCUCCCACUCCCGUCCCUUUUGCUAUCCCUCUCUCCCGCGCCGCGUGGUUGUCCCCUUUACUUUGCGUUGCAGCCACGUCGUCACGCACACCGGUGACACUUGGGGAAGCUUAUGGUUUAGUGCUUUCAUGAUGCUGUAUGCGCGCGGAUCGCGCGACCGC